AUGGAUACCCCUUUUGAACAACUCGAUCUCGAGAGACAGCGUAUCCUCGCUUACGACAAGGACGUGACAGACCAACUCAAGCGGAUCAAGGAACAAGAACGUCAAUUGGAGGAUUUUCUCGACAUUCGUAUGGAAGAAGCACAGUGCGCAAUUCUCAGAUAUGCAAGGUUAAGAGCGACCGUCGUAGCAGACCGCGCGCGGUUGACCGCACGGAAGGAGGAACUCAAAGCCCUCCAAGAUGAAGAUAGCGUCGUAAAGAACGCCGGACCAUCCUAUCUCCUCAACCAAGUUCCUCUCCGCACCGUCAACCCCUCCACAGACCUGAAGUGGCAGACCGGCGUAAGCGAUAACACAGAUCGGGAGCUACAUUUUGGUGUCAUGAACCCGAGUGAUUCUCGGUUCGCUCUAUCCUUCGUCCGGCUCGCGGAAGAAAUCAAGCGGCAAUAUGCCAUCAUCCUUACGGAAAAAGACACCCGGCCAAUAUCGCAUGAUCAACCACCAGCCACCGAUCUCGAGAUCGCGGAAUUCGAUGCCUUGAACAAGGCCGAGGGAAAGCCGAUUGAGUGCUCAAAUGCACCACACUUCCGUAGGUCGUCAAACACAUGCAAGCGCAAGAAGGUCAGCGCCUCAUCUCGCAGCUCCAGCGGAUCUCUCGCAAAAAUCUCCAAGCGGAACAGGGAAGAGAAGAAGAAGUUGCAAAAAGCACUGAGAAAUGUCGCGGCUCGCUGGGCCCUACAUUUAGAGCAAUCCAUCGAGAAGCCUCACAACCAAGUCAUGACGGAUGACGAGAUUGAAGAAGGACCCGAUGGAGGUCUCGCGGAGUCUUUGAGUUUUCUUCCAAAGGGGGAGUCAACCGACGACCAAACUUUUAGCGGUCUGGCCUUUCGACCAAAGUGA